GGUCCCUCCAGCUCAGAAAAAAAAAUCCCACAUCGAAAGUGAUCCCCGCCAGUUGGGAACUCGGGCCGCAAAAACACCCACGGCUUCUCCCACAGAUCAACUAGUGCGCCAGAAGCAACAAUGACUGCAGUCAAAAGGUCGCUUCCGACCCUCCCCGAGGGCUGGGAGGCGGACAAGGACUUCAAGCCACUCGGCAAGCUGAGCACCUCGACGGAGCGCACCAUCGAGCCCGUCGGCCCUCACUUCCUCGCCCACGCUCGCCGCUCCCGCCACAAGCGCACCUUUUCCGAGGAUGACCGCCUGCAGGCCCAGGAGCGUGCCAAGAAGGUCGAGGUCGACGACGAUGGCGAGAUCAGCGAGCCCGAAGACCCCAUGAUGUUUACUCGGGACGCCAAGGACUGGAAGAACCAAGACCACUACCAGGUCAUGGGCCUGUCCAAGUACCGCCACAAGGCCACCGAGGACCAGAUCAAGCGCGCCCACCGCAAAAAGGUGCUCAAGCACCACCCCGACAAGAAGGCCGCGGCCGGCCGCCCCGAGGACGAUAACUUCUUCAAGUGCAUCCAAAAGGCCACCGAGGUGCUGCUCGACCCCGUCAAGCGCCGCCAGUUCGACUCGGUCGACGAGAAGGCCGACGUCGAGCCGCCCACCAAGAAGGACCUGCAGAAGGGCAACUUCUACAAGCGCUGGGGCAGCGUCUUCAAGGCCGAGGCCCGGUUCAGCAAGGUGCACCCGGUGCCGACCUUUGGCAACGAGGACUCGGCCAAGGAGGACGUCGAGAACUUCUACAACUUCUGGUACAACUUUGACAGCUGGCGCUCCUUCGAGUACCUGGACGAGGACGUGCCCGACGACAACGAGAACCGCGACCAGAAGCGCCAGAUGGAGCGCAAGAACGCCAACGCCCGCAAGAAGAAGAAGGCCGAGGACAACGCGCGCCUGCGCAAGCUGCUCGACGACUGCUCGGCCGGCGAUGAGCGCAUCAAGCGCUUCCGCCAGGAGGCCAACGCGGCCAAGAACAAGAAGCGCCUCGACAAGGAGGCGGCCGAGAAGGCCGCGCUCGAGGAGGCCCGCCUGAAGAAGGAGACCGAGGAGAAGGCGGCCAAGGAGGCCGAGGAGAAGGCCAAGGCGGACCGCGACGCCGGUAAGAAGGCCAAGGAGGCGGCCAAGAACGCCGUCAAGAAGAACAAGCGCGUGCUCAAGGGCUCCGUCAAGGAUGCCAACUACUUUGUCGAGGGAGACGCAUCGCCCGCCACCAUCGACGCCGUGCUCGGCGACAUCGACCUGGUGCAGUCCAAGAUCGACGCCGACGAGAUCGCGGCGCUGGCCGGCAAGCUCAACGGGCUCAAGGUCUCGGGCGAGAUCAAGGCCGUGUGGCAGGACGAGGUCAAGCGCCUCGUCGGCGCGGGCAAGAUCAAGGAGGGCGAGGUCAAGGCUCUGGCUUGAGUUGCGCCACCUGCGUGUUUCUGUAGACGAUUUGACGUGACGGGGCAGGUGAGGAGUCCAGUUCAUGACUAGAUCUAGAAUCCAACGGCCUUUCGGUCCAUCAUCCGAUUUCUCUGCCUGUCGCUUCUCAACGAAUCAAAUGUU